AUUGGAUCUAAUUUCACGCACCCUCGGCGUGCCUUACGGGGAGCGAACCAAGAGGUCUCGGUCUUAAACAUGGGACCUGGACAAGCCCUAGGGCCAGGCACGGGUGACAAGGUAUCCGGUACCUUUGACGGUGCCUGGCUAACGCGGCCUGGGCGUGGUACCCGGUACAUGGAGUCACGGACGGGCGAGGCAAAGCCACCGGCACUGACGGCGUGCCACAGCGGACGGAGUCGUCCUCAGCCUCAGGUCUCGACCGGAAUGCGAGGGAAAUGAGCCAAACCCACUUGGUCUAGCGUCCGACUAAUCAUCGCCAUCGGCGCAGUGAAGUUGCGUGUCCGUCCAGUCGCUCCGUUGAAAGCGGAGAAGGAGGAUCCAGCCGGGUAGUCUCUGUAUUAAUAGAAAUUGACCGGAGUAGAUGGGAAUUCAUGUCUUGGGGAUUCUGAGGCAUCUUCCAUCGUCAGUCAGAACUCAGAACCCGAA